AUGGCGCGCGUCAAAUCUGGUAACAUCCGUCGCGCCAAAUUACUGCCUUUUGGACUUCACUCGGAUUCGUUUUCGAUUGUCGACCUACUAACCCUCACCAUGGACUUCGGACCACCCGACGGACAUGUCGGUCGACACAGGCUGGUUGUGAUAGUUUCCUUGUCCAUCGUCAGCUUUCUGAGCGCCUUCGAUUCAACCGUUUUCCCUCCAGUCCUGCCAACUAUAGCAAAAGACUUGCACGGGAAUUCAACCGAUACCUUCUGGGUGGGAACAGCCUACCUACUGCCCUGUGCCGCCCUCCAACCUUUUCUGUGCGCCCUUUCCGAUGUAUACGGCCGUCGCUCUAUCCUUCUACUCUCAAUUACCCUCUUUGCGAUCGGGUCAGUGGUUGGAGCCGUCGCCAACAAUAUGGCAACCAUUCUCGCCGGUCGGACAAUUCAAGGCAUCGGGGGUGGCGGCCUCAUCCCUCUCCCGAUGAUUGUUAUGACGGAUAUAUUCCCUUUGCGUGAACGACCUAAAUAUACCGCCUACGUUCAGCUAUUCUCCGCAAUUGGUAUUAUCAUCGGGCCUGUGAUGGGAGGCCUGUUUACCCAACAUGCAGCAAACCAUGGUGGUUGGCGCUGGGUAUUUUACGUCAACUUUCCAUUUUGUCUGAUUGCAUUUCUCGCCCUCUAUUUCGCACUCCGGAAAAUGAAAGUUACUCGAGCCAGCUAUCGCAACAUUGAUUGGGGGGGCUCGUUCCUUUUCACGGCAAGCAUGGUCUGCUUUUUAAUGGGUCUGUCAUGGGGUGGAACUCUCUACAAAUGGAACAGCUACCGGACUUUGCUGCCCCUGUGUCUUGGAGCAGUAGGAAUAGGCUGUACCUUAAUAUGGGAGUGCUAUGGUGCGAGCUGGCCCUUUCUGCCUCUGUCUGUUCUCAAGAGCCGCGCAUCGAUCGCAGUAUACCUUUCAUCACUCAUCCAGGGAAUUUCGAUGUUCGGCAUUCUCUAUUAUAUUACCUUCUACCUUGAGGUGGUGCAGAAGCUGUCUCCAACAAAGACCGGGGCCGAAAUUCUGGCACUCUCUGCGACAAUGGUUCCAGCUGGUCUGAUAACCGCGAUAUUGAUUUCGAAAUCCGGCAAAUACAAAUGGGCGCAAUGGAAAGGUUGGGUUGUGUCUGCCUUGGCCACUGGCCUUCUCUGUCGUUUGGACACGGAGACAAAGAAAGGCUUCUGGAUAGGUGCCAUGAUACUUCUGGGACUCGGCCAUGGAAUUCUCUUCAACAGCAUUCUCUUCGCCGCGCAAGCCGUUGUGCCUGCCAAAAAUGUCGCAUACGCUGCCACUCUCUAUACCUUCUUCCGCACCAUGGGUUAUGCUGUUGGAGUUGUAGUUGGAUCCACGACGCUGGAAAACGUCAUGGCCGAUUACUUGAAAGAUCACGGCUUCCCUGCACAGAAAGCACAGGAGAUAUCGGCUCACAUUGGGCCCUUGAAGGACCUGUCCGCAGGAUCUGGACAUGAAGAGAUUAUCCUGCAAUCUUAUGUGCACGGUCUGCGCGGGGUGUUUAUGGCACUUACAUGUCUGGCAGGUUUAGGUCUAAUCACUACCUUUUUCGUGCCCCAAGCCAGCAUGGAUCAGCCGCUGGAGUCUGAUCAUCAGCUGGAGCUGCUAAGGGCGGAGCCGGAUCCUCCCACUCCCUCACUUAGAGAUUACAGGUCGGAAUCAAACGUGACAGUGCACUCCGUUCAGGGUAAAACCGAGAAUGCCGUUGAGUUGCAUAGAGUCAUCUAA